GGAGCCAUCACCAAGAGACCCUGUCACUCCUGGGCGGGAGGUGGAGCCAGAAGAGCCUGAGCCUGUUGUUCCUGAUAGGGAGCCACCCUCAAAAGACCCUGACCCUCCUGUUAGGGAGCCAUCCCCAAGAAACCCUGUCACUCCUGGGCGGGAGGUGGAGCCAGAAGACCCUAAGCCUGUUGUUCCUGAUAGGGAGCCACCCCCAAGAGGCCCUAUCACUCCUGGGAGAGAAGUGGAGACAGAAGACCCUGCACCUGUUGUUCCUGAUAGGGAGCCACUCCCAAGAGACCCUGUCACUCCUGAGAGAGAGGUGGAGACAGAAGAGCCAGAACCUGUUGCUCCUGUUAGGGAACCACCCUCGAGAGACCCUGGCCCUCCAGGCCGGGAGGCUGAGCCAGAAAGUCCUGAGCCUGUUGCCCCUGGUAGGGAGAAGGAGCCAUCUGGGAGUGAGCCUGACACAGAACCAGAAGGCCCUGCAGGUGUCCCUCCUAAUAGUCCUAAGAAUCCUGAUAGGGGACCAGAGCCAGUAGGGGAUGAUGCCCCUGCAGAUGAGGUGGAGCCAUCCGAGAGUGAUCCUGAGAGCCCUGGCAGGGAGCCAGAAAGGGUUGAUCCUGUUCCUCCUGAUAGGGAGAGGGAGCCAUCCGGGAGCGAUCCUGAGACUCCUGAGGCAGUUGGCAACAAUGAAGAGAGGGCAUCACCCAGGACUCCUGUUUGUGCAGCUGUUGAGAAAAUAUGA